GAGACUCUGACAAAAAAAAAAAAAGAAAAAAGAAGAAGAAAAUGUAAUCAUGCAAAUUCUCUGCUUAACUUUAUCACUCUGAUGACAGGGCCACGAAUGAAAGCCACAGAGGAGAUUGUGCAAGAGACUGUACAAGCCCAGAAUGACCUGGUGUUUGAGGCAGUGCAGGACAAAGGCAACAUGGAGCAGGCCGUCCUUGAGAUGCAGAAGAGAUUUGAAACUAGAGAAGCAGAAUUUAUGGAAAUGAAGUCCAACCUUAAGCACCUUGAAGUUUUAGUUGCCCAGCAGAGUAAGGACUUCCAGCAGCUAUGUGAGCAGCUAGGCCAGCUAAAUGUACCCAGUGUCCUAGCAGAGCUGAAGAGAUUUAUCUCAAUGCCUCAAGUAUUUGGGCAUAUGAAAGACAGUACUUCUCAGACAUCACCACUUCUGGUCCAGAACCUCAGUUCCACCAGGCAGAAAAACGACACCUCUGAGGAACCAAUUAUAUGGCAGGGCCAGGCCCUCCCUGCUGCAUGGAAUCCUAGUAUGGACUCCCUGCAGUCUGGAGAGUUUUGUGUCUGGGAUGAAGAAACAAAGAGUGAUGCUUUCCGAAAAGAGACUGUAUUACCUGCAGUUGGGCCCCGUAAAGGAAAUGGGCAUGCAAAGAACAAAGCGGUGCAGACUAACUGUAAUUGGGAUACUACUAAAACAGGUCCCAAGUACCAUGGCUCCAGCAUUCCAGGCCACAAAGUUCCUGGUGACAGGGACCUGGUUUCCCAAGGAACCUCACAGCUCAUAUCCCUGAACUUAAACAACAACAUUCAGAAUUCCUGCCAAAAAUAUCAAGCCAAAAGUAUGUUUUUGUCUGACCCAUGUGAACAGUUGGUGACUAAACAAAAAGGCAAGACUAUAGAAAGAAGGAGAAAAGACAACAAACAGCAGCCCAGGAAAUCCCACAGAGGCAGGCUCCGAGCCAAGAAGCAAGAACAAAUCCCAAGCAAAACCUGUGCUUUCAAUUCUAAAUAUCAGAGUCCUCAGCCUCCUGUUUCUGGCCCACAAAGGAUGCCCCUGGGGCAGCAGGAACUCUUUGCUCAGCCCCUGCAUCUGCAGGGCCCCAGGAGCCCCAUAAAGUCAAUCUGCCCUGUUCUGGGAGGAAAAGUCAGGUCCAGUAAGACAACAAGGGCAGCGCAAGAGAGGCUCUUGCAGCUCAGCGGGUGCACUUCCCAAGAUAGGAGCCUACUUUCCAGCAGUUCCUCCCAGGGAGAUCACCAGAUGAGCUGGUUCAGUGACCUCAAUUUUGGAAGUUCAGAGCCUACUCUAUGCAAGGAGCUAGGAAAGAAUUUGCUCUAUGACCUGGGUUUUGAUAGUAGCGACGAUGGCUUCUAA